AUGGCUUCUUUAAUGAAGAAGAAGAAAUCCAGUUUAAUUAUUCAACUUUCAAAAGCAAAUCUCUCCUUGUUUCUCUUCGUUGCUCACAAAUCAUCAACCCCAUCUCCUCUAACCCCCGAAAUUGACAGAGUCACUAGAAUAAUCAACGACCAUCCCUUCCCUGAGAAACCACUCCAACCGACCCUUCUACGGAAAAUCCCACCGGUUUCCCUUUCUCAACCUUUCGUUGAAAACGUUCUCGGUCGACUCUUCGCUGCACACUCAAAUGGAAUAAAAGCAUUGGAGUUCUUCAAUUAUUCAAUCCACCAUUCCCAGCUCGCUCCCAGCGUGGAUGCUUUCGAGAAAACGCUCCAUAUCCUCACACGGAUGCGCUAUUUCGAUAAAGCUUGGGAAUUGAUGAUGGAUAUGAAGCGUUCCCACCCUUCUUUGCUUACCCUUAAAUCGAUGAGCAUUAUGUUAGCCAAAAUUGCUAAAUUCCAAUCCUAUGAAGAUACCCUCGAAGCAUUCAAGAGGAUGGAGACAGAGGUUUUUGCCGGGAGGGAUUUUGGUACCGAUGAGUUCAAUGUUCUGCUUCGAGCUUUUUGCUCGGAGAGGGAGAUGAAAGAAGCAAGAUAGGUUUUCCAGAAGAUACCAUGACUAUUUUGCUCUUGGGAUUCAAGGAAUCUGGCGAUGUUACUGCAAUGGAACCCUUUUACCACGAGAUGGUUCGAAGAGGUUUUAAGCCGAACUGUAUGACGUACAACAUUCGAAUCGAUGCUUACUAUAAGA